AGUUCCGGUUUUAUUAAAUAAAGUUUAUAAAUUAUUGUAGUGUCAGUUUUGUGACUAAUUCUUGAAAUUUCAAUUUUUAACUAUUUUAAUUGUGAUAUUAAUUACAAACGGAAAUCAAUUUUUUAGUAAACUAUAAUGAGAAUCUUAAACUUUUAGCUUACAAUAAUUUUAAGAUGUUAAACAUGAUGUCUUUUAUUAGAUUACCAUUAUUAACACAUUUUCCAAUUUUUCAUUUCAGAAGGCAUAUUACAAUUAAAUGUCCACAAUUCUCUACUGUUCAAUCAGAAUAUCAAGUUUCUGAUGAAGAUAUAAAGAAGUUAAAACGAAAGUUUUCAUCACCACGUAAUAUUAUUUCCAACUAUUACAGUCAAGUUGAAAAAGCUCAAGACAUAAAGACAGGUCUUCAUUUUGGAUUUCACAAGAAAAACAAAAAUUUAUGGGGUUGCAAAUUAAGUGUUCAAUGGCCCAAUUCAAUGGUAUUCUCAAGUAUGGAUACUACAAAAGUCAAAGCUGCAGAAACUGUAGCUUUAAAUGCUAUAAAAUGGUUGCAAGAUAUUGAAAAACUUGAUCAUCAAGGUAAACCAAUAAUAACAGCAAAACAACGCAUAGCUGUAGCAUCAACUCCUAUUGCUUCAAUAAAUCUGAGUGAAAAAAAUGUAAAAUUAAUUGCAAACCUAGUUCAAACGUACAAUCUGGAAAUUCAACCAUUAAUAAACAAAGGAAAACAAGUGUUAACUGAAAUAGAUUCUCAGGAUGAUACAAUUGAUUUUAUGUUAUCUUCGUCUUCAUCUAUUGACUGUUCAAAACGAAAUAAACUUCUAUGUGAUAGAUCCAUGCAAAAAAUAUCUGGAUUAGUCAAAUUACCCAUUGAUGACUAUGAGGAAAAUAUACUUGAAAUGAUUGAGAAUAAUCAAGUAACUAUUAUAAAAGGAGAACCUGGGUGUGGGAAAAGUACAAGAGUACCUAAUUUUAUAAUGAAAAAAUGGAGCCAAAUUGGAAAAGGAGGUGAAUGUAAUGUUUAUGUUACACAGCCAAGACGAAUCAGUGCAUUAACUCUUGCUCAUCGAGUUGCUAAUGAACGUUCAGAAGAAUUAGGUGAUGUGAUUGGUUAUCAAGUUCGUUUAAAACAAAUUUUACCAAAAAAACCGGGCUCUAUAGUCUUUGCAUCUAGUGGCAUAUUGCUUCAAAAAUUACAAAGUGAUCCUGCACUUAAAGAAUUUUCCCAUGUUAUUAUUGAUGAAGCUCACGAACAAGAUAUAAACACUGAAAUAUUACUUAUGCUUACAAAGAAUGCAUUGGAAUUAAAUGAGAACUUGAAAUUAGUUAUAAUGAGUGCCACAUUGAACGCUGAACACUUUCAGAAUUAUUAUGGUCAAUUAGCUGCAUCUAUUUCAAUACCAGGUUUCACUUAUCCAGUGAAAACUCAUUUUUUAUCAAAUCAACUGGCAAGAGAAUGGGGUAUUCAUAAUACAACAGUUGAAAUGAAUAAUGUACCUUUUUGGAAUCCACAGCUAGUAGCAAAUGCAAUAAAAUGGAUACAUAAGAAUAAGCCACCUGGAGCUAUAUUGUGUUUUGUAUCUGGUUGGCAAGAUAUAAUUGACGUAAAUAAACUCAUACAGCAUGGAUAUAAUAAUUUUGAUAUAAUGUUUGCUCAUUCUAAACUAACACCUGAAAAGCAAAUUGAAAUCAUGAAACCUGCAAGCAACGGAAGACGAAAAAUUGUGUUAGCUACAAAUAUUGCUGAAACUAGUAUUACUAUUAAUGACGUAGUAUAUGUUAUUGACACUGGUAUGCAAAAUGUGUCCAGUUGGAACGCGGAAAAGGGUAUUAAAUUAUUAGAUCGUAGUUGGGUCUCCCAAGCUAAUGCGAUACAAAGAAGAGGUCGUGCGGGAAGAACCCAGCCAGGAGAAUGUUAUCAUUUAUACACAAUAGAUCGUUUUAACAAAUGUUCUACAUAUCCUAUACCAGAAAUUCAAUUAACUCCUCUUGAACAUACAGUCCUAAAUCUAAAAAUACACAGCCAAGACAAAGCAAGGACUGUACUAUCCAAGCUUUUAAAUCCACCUGAUUUUGAAACUGUAGAUAGCGCUGUUUCAGAAUUACAACUUCUUGGUGCAUUAGACAAAGAAGAGAAAUUGACAGCAUUGGGCAAAAGAAUCGCAGCAUUUCCAUUUGAUCCUUGUCUUUCAAAAGCUUUAGUUAAUUCAGUAUUUUUCAAGUGUUUAGAUUCUACACUAACCAUUAUAACUUACUUAUCAAGCAAUGUAAAUAUAUUCAGAGAAACUACACCUGCUGAAUCAAGAAUGAUAAAAAAAAAUUACUCAUCAUGUAGUGAUCACUUGGCUGUGGCAAAAAUAUUUUCUGAAUGGAACACUACUCGAGAUCGUUAUUCAAAUGAUUCCAAUUAUUACUCCAAUAAUCUUUCAUUAUCUAAUAAUAGCCUAAUAUUGAUGUAUAGAUUAAAAAAUUUAUUUGCACAACAUUUGUACAACAGUAUGCUUAUUGAAGAUAAAGAUAUAGACAGUUUAAAUUUAAAUUCAGAAAAAUCUUUAGAUCAACUUUUGCCAGCUGUAUUAAUUUCAGGAUUUGGUAAUUUAGUAUUCAAACAAUCAUUUAUGCGACGAAAUGGACGUACAGAUUCAUCAUUUGUUAAUGAUACUGGAAUAAAAGUUGUAUUACAUUCAGAAAGUGUAAAUUAUAAUAAAAAUGAGGAAAAUGAACUGUUAACUUAUUUUAGAGAAGGUAAAAAUCUUGAUCAUAAUGCGGUUAUGCUUAAUAAAUCUACAUAUAUUCAUCCAAUAAUGGCUAUUCUGUUUUUUAAUGGCCAAGCACAUUUUAAACAUGAUGGACAAAAUAAUUGUUUGAUAUACAUAAAAAAUGGAAAACGUAUAAACAUUUCUUGUUCAAAAGGUGAUUGGCAGAACAUAUUGGCGCUGAGAAAUGUUGUGAGGAGUUUUAUUAAUUUUCUUUUGGAAACAUAUGGGCAUAAUGAACUCAAUGAUCAAUAUGAUGAAAUUAUGAACUUUCGUGACUCUUUAUGUUUUGUUUUGUGUAAACUUAUAGAAAAAUAAAUUUCUGUUCUGACUUUAUAGUUUAAAACAAGUUAUAAACUUCUAGACUACUAGAUUAUAAAAAA